AAACCCCCAGCUGACGUCACCCUGGACCCCGACACGGCCCACCCCCGCCUCAGCCUCUCCCUGGACCGUCGCAGCGUCAAACUGGGCGAACGGCGUCAGGAUUUACCCGAAAACCCCAAACGUUUCGACGCCGAUUAUUGCGUUUUGGGGGUUCAAGGCUUCACUUCGGGGCGUCAUUAUUGGGAGGUGGAAGUCGGGGGCCGUCGGGGUUGGGCGGUUGGAGCCGCUCGCGAAACGGCUCGAAGGAAAGAAAAAACCACCGGCCCUCACCAAAAAAGGGAAAUUUGGUGCGUUGGCACCAACGGGAAGAAAUAUCAAGCUUUGACGGCCACCGAGCAAACUUCUUUGGCCCCAAACGAGAGGCCCCGGCGUUUCGGGGUCUACUUGGACUACGAGAGGGGCCAGUUGGGCUUCUACAACGCCGAGAGCAUGAGCCACAUCCACACCUUCAACGCUUCCUUCCACGAGCGCAUCUUCCCUUUUUUCCGCGUUUUAGCCAAGGGCACCCGCAUCAAAAUUUGCACCUGAGAGAGACCCUUUCCCCCUUUUUUGGGGUUUUUUUCCCCCCCCCCCCCUUUUGGAUCUCCUUUCGGGAUCCAACCGCUGCACUCGUCGUCUUCUUGGCUUCGCUCACAAGGAACCUCCCCCCCCGGUGGUGGCUCCUCUUUGGGAUCUCGCCGCCCAUCGGGAACUGGUUUGGGGUUGGAAUUGGGAAGGAUCCGCCCAAGAAAGUGGUUUUCGUUUGGGUUCUUG